AUGGAGAAAUACAUAAACUUAAUUUAAGUUUUUAAAAGAAAUAAUUCAGAUACUUUUAAGAUUAGUAGAAGUUUAAUUUUUAAAAUAUUACAGCUAAAUAGUGAAUAGGCGCUAAAUGAUCAAUUAAAGAUAUAAUAUUUAAAGGAAUAGAAGAAUUAAUAAUUUUAAGAUAUCAUGAAGUUGAUAAAGGAUUACAUCGAUUAAGCUAGAAAUAAUGAAGAAAUAGAUAAUGGAAAGCAAGUUGUGUAUAUAAAUAGAGCUUUAUUUCCUUAAUUGAUACGCUAUUUUAACCUAAAACUUAUGAAUAUGAAAUCUAACUUUAAAAUCGCUUGA